AGCCAUGGAGUAGGUAUUAAGCCAACCUUUAGAUGAGCUGCCUACAAGUAAAUGAACAAGAACUUUAACUUUUCUCCUGCAGUAUGAAUUAAACUGAGUAGGUAGAGGUACGUGUGCUCCCAUUUUCAUUUGCCUGUUCUCUCAUUCUUGGUACGGUGGCUAUUUCGUAUGGUUUUGUGUUUGUGUUGGAAUACAUACUUAGCAAGUUCGUAUGUUUCUGGAGUAUAUCCUUGGAAUGAAAAUGAGUGGAGUUUUAUCCAGAGCUGAUGCUGAAACGAUGGCCGAGCCCAAACCCAAGGUUGAAACUGAUCUUGAUAUAGCCAAAUGUUGUGAAAUUACUCUUAGUAAAGAAGAAAACUGCAAUGCAAAAGAAAACUUGAAAGGAUUUCUACCACUGAUCGUCGUAGCCCAAUUUCUGGGCUUAUUACCGAUAUUAUUCAUCAUUUAUUGGGCCUUUUCUCGAGCUGGAGGAAUGGUGCACUGUGUAUUGAAGAUGUCCAAUUUGCACAUAAUUUUGUCCAGCAUCAGUUUCGUAUAUUUGAUGGGAAAUUCCAUUCUCACCUUUCGAAUACUUCGUAACUGGCCGAAAAAUACCCUAAAAAUGAUUCACGCCCUGAUUGGAGGGCUCAACUGUAUAUUAACAAUAGUCAGCGUUUGGGCUGCUUUCAAUUUUCACGCCAGAGCUGGUUCUGCUGAUUUAUACUCCGUGCAUAGUUGGAUUGGAAUGAUCACCCUGAUUAUGUACAUUACUCAGGUUGUUGCUGGCUUUUACUCGUUUUUGUAUCCGGGUAUUUCAGCUCCUAAGCGGACAGUGUUGAUGCCUUACCAUAGAUUCGCUGGUCAAGCCUUGCUGGCUUUGAGUGUACUGGCUGCGGUUACGGGGAUUAAUGAAAAGGCUAUUUUCAUGUUAGGAAAAUGCUACGAAGAAAAAGCAUUGGAGGGAAUUCUACUCAACUUGUCGAGUGUUCUAUUUACUCUUUUUGCCAUCGUUGUGAUAUAUACGGCGUCCAGUAUGGAAUAUAAAAGGUAUCCACGUCUGGAAGAUGAUUUAUCCAGCCCGAUUAAAGUGAAUGAUUCAUUUGAUGAUAUCAAGAUUUAAGCUGCUCGAGUAAUUUGUAACAUGGCUUGAAGGAUACGAUAUCCUAAUGUUGCAUUCAAUUAAUUGACGAAAGUAACCAAUAAAUGUUUUCAUUUCUGCAUUUUA